CUGGGACAGGCUGUUACAGACGGUCGUGUGUUAAUUGAAUCGCUGCUCCUUUAUACUUAAGUCAGUUACCAUGGAGUUGAACACUGACACAGCCGGAGUUAAAACUUUGGUCAUUUAACUAUGGAAACUAAAGACAGCGGACAACAGGAAAGUCAGUGGACAACCCUGGCAGAUAACGGAAGAAUGGACGAUGUGAAAACUGGCCCUCACCAGGACUGAGUCUCCUCCCCGGGUCUCCUCCACCUUUAUGUCCCCCUCCUCCUCUCCGUGCCAGAUGCCUCCGCGGGGAGACGGGGGCUACAAGCCGGCAGCGGUGUCCCCUGCUCCGCCUGUCCCGCCGAGGAGGGUCCGGAGCCGGGACAGGGGCUCCGGCAGGACGCGGCGGUCCGGGGCAGGAGCAGCGGAGAGGCGGGUUAAGUGUGUGCUGGUGGGGGACGGAGCUGUGGGGAAAACCAGCCUGGUGGUCAGCUACACCACUAAUGGGUAUCCCACCGAGUACGUCCCGACAGCGUUUGACAACUUCUCAGCGGUGGUAUCAGUGGAUGGGCAGCCAGUCAAACUACAACUAUGUGACACAGCUGGACAGGAUGAGUUUGACAAGCUGCGUCCUCUGUGUUACACCAGUGCAGAUGUGUUCCUGCUGUGCUUCAGCGUUGUCAGUCCCGCGUCCUUUCAGAACGUUCCAGAGAAAUGGGUCCCGGAGAUCCGGAAACAUGUCCCCUUCGCUCCACUCGUCCUGGUUGGGACGCAGUGUGACCUCCGAGAAGAUGUCAAGAUUCUCAUUGACCUGGCGAAGUAUCGAGAACGGCCUGUGGACCCAGCCGACGCCAGGGACUGUGCGGUGGAGAUUGGUGCGGUGGCCUACAUGGAGUGCUCUUCCCUGACCCAAAAAAAUCUGAAAGAAGUGUUUGACACAGCCAUACUGGCGAGCCUGCAGAACCAUAGCUCCCAUAAGCCCCCAAGAGGGAAACAGAAAUGUCGGAAAAAGCAAAGGCAGGCACCUGACAAGAUGAAGAGUUUGUCCAAGUCAUGGUGGAAAAGGUACUGCUGUGUGGCCUAGAGCAGACCUGUGAUGGGUUUGGGUCUAAGACUCUGAUCCUCUGCUGAUUUUCUUCUAGUCUGGAUUCAGCCUGGUUUCUCUUUAAUGGAGCCUUAUGUGGAGCAGGACCUCGACUGGAGUGUGAAUGGGAACUGAAGAACGACUGUCAUGGAUCUAAAGUGUUUCUGUCCUUAUUUGGGAGCGAUGGAUGAGAUUCACCACUGAGUCCAGCCUGGUUGUGCUCUGGUUUAACCUGCUCUAGCUGAAAACAGCAACACUGCUGCGUCAUAGAACAAACCAGAUUGAUCUUACAUUUUGUCCUUUUUCUAACCCAGUGAGCUAAUUGCAGGAGGUCACUUUGUCACCCAGAAUUAAGCUGGAAUUAACUGGGACUUUUUUUGGACUAGCAGAAAGACCUGUCCACGUCAUGAUGGAUGUGAUAAUGCUUUUUAAUGAUUAGACUGGUCCAGAUUUGAACAGAAACAGAAACUUCACAUCUGUGUCUAACACUUGAAUUGAUUUGUGUUUAGUCUGAUGUUCUGGUAAAAGUCUUCCCUAUUUGUGAGGGAUUUAUGUAGCCUUGAAGGGAACGGGACCAUCUACAGACACUUGAUGUGACCUAAAUGAAACUGCAUCUAAAUUUACUCCUUUUUUAAACUUGUUUCUAACUCUAGUUGGGUGUCUAAUAGUCACGAUUAGUCAUGCUGACUAAAAUAGUUUAGUAACCAAACUGUGUCUUUCUUUACACAUGAACAGGAGAACGCAUUUUGAAUUUUGCGACCCAAACCGAUUUGUUUCAUCACCGGACAGAAUUAUAGUCAGGAUUUAGUCAACAAAGAACUUAUUUUUAUAAACAGCUAAUAAUUAUAUCCUUGCAUUUUAGACUGGAUUUAUUCUAGUUAUGGGAUUAGGUCUGACUUGGUUAUAAGUGUGGUUUUCUUCAUGUCUUGCCACAGUUUAGUCCAGACUGAAGCCAGACGUUGGAUAAGUUCGGUGAGGCUCAGGCUUUGGUUACCGGAUCGUGUCUUGUUUUAAAAAACGACAACAACAAAAAACAUCUUAAAAUGUGUUCACUUAGGCAAGAUGUUCAAAAAUCAUUGGAAAAUGAAACCUACCACAUAUUUGAAUACAAGCAAUGUAUCUUGAAUAUGAUAAUAUUCCCAGCAUUAUUCUGUAAGACACAAACUGUAUGGAGUCGGUAACUUACUUCAAGUUUUGAUUGGUGGAAGUUCAUUAUCCUCAUAUGUCCUGCAUGAACGAUUACACAUUAUGAGGUAUUAAUGUGGUUUGGUUGAAUAUAAAUCUUUGUUCUGUGGUGGAGGAUUGUGGCUGGCACUUGAUCAUAGCUGGAAAGGAUGACAUUUUGUUAUUUUUAUGUUCUGUUUUAUCCCCUCUUUCACAACCAUACUGUGUGCUCAAAGUAGUCUAAGAUCAACAACGUCCACAAGCCGCAACAUUCUCAGUACCCAAGUGAGUGUUUGUUGAGGCUUUUUGUCCACACGCAACCGAGGACUAAAACAAAGAAAAACAAGGAUGUUCAUGUAAACUGUUCACCCAGGAACAUACAUUUACAGACACAAGUUGCAAGGCUGGCACAACCUCUGUUGGUUUCAGAUAUUUGUGUGCUUGAUGUGUGUUUGAUUUAUCUUACCAGACACUUAAACAGCCUUAAGUGUGGGCACUUAACAGAAUUAGAUCAACCAAAGUGCUCUUUGCAUGUGUUUAAAUUUACAAAAUGGACUCUAUUUGUUUGUGAAGGUUUGCGGCAAGAAAAUGAUUUAGAGCAAAUUGAACAACGAAGAUGAGUUUUUUUUCUUAGCUUUUCAAUGCAACUGUAUAUCUAAGACUGUGAAAUUUGAAUUAUGUACAUAUUCAGUGAAAUAUUUUCUUAGUAGUUAUGAACCACAGUUUGACUCAUCAUGUAUAUUGCUUUGCAUUUGUUCCCUUAAUCCAAAAAUAUGAUCUCCUGCUUUAUUAGAGUGGUAACAUUUCUACCACUCUGCAUCCAUUCUGCUUUAACAACACAGAGACAUUAUUGUCCGUCAUAUAUCUACUGUGUGGUCUGUCGGUUGUACGGCAGCCUCUGCAGCCCGUCCUCUCAAACAGAUUCAGCUUUAAAGCAGAAAUAAAAAGGCACACUGAAACACAAAAUGUGUGGCUGUCACUUAGCUGCCACACCUUCCUUUGUACAUUGUAGUUACUAAACCAAGAACAAAACCUCAAUAAUUUCAAUGUUAUUUCUUUUUUUGGUGCCUGUAUCUGAAAGGGUCUUUGUAUGCAGUAGAAGGGAAAAAGGGUGCAACCGGUUUGCAAUCUGUAAUGAAUUUAAAUCAGCUCUGCCAUGGUAUAUGCAGCAUAAUUAUUCAUAUUGAUCAGACUUAAACACAAGAAGGACUGUGUUUGGUUAUAUUCCUGAAAAAAAAGAUCAAAGAUAACCUGGCUAAGGAUAAAGGUGAGGGACAUCUAAUUUUCCAUGUGUCUAACCCAAAGCUAACAGAGCUAUAACCUUUCAGCUAACAGGAGUCUCAGGAUUUGGGUGAAAACCCUGUUAAAUUAACUAAACACAGGCUUUUUUCAAAUGUAACAAAUACCAAUUAUUCCUAGUGUGUGGUUCAAAAAGUCAGUUCUCCUCUUGAGCUGUUGAUGUGCCUUCAAAUUCAGCAAAUUAUAAUUCAUUUGAAAUUUGAACUGUACUGUGAAGGAAAUUUGGUGGAUGAGAAAUACUUUUUUGUAACAUUUAAGUUUAUUCUAACAAAGUUAAAAUUAAA